AUGACCCUCCCUCGCGCAUCGUCCAGCUCCGCACAGCCUCAUGGGUUUCUCUCGCCAAUAGAUCCACCAGGCCGACUCUCGCGCCGGCUUUCUGGAUUCUCGGUCUCAGAUCAGAGCGACAAUGGGGCUGGAGACGGAGCACCAGGCACAGCAAGCCAUCCGAAUCCCGCAGUAACGGAAGAAAUAAACGAGAUCAAACGAUAUGAAGAUUUUACGACGAUAGAUUGGGUGCAAGAUGAGGUACAAGAGCAGAUUCGUCGUCGGGCGCGGAGACGAGAAGGGCAUGGCUUUUGGGACCAAGAAGGGACGUUUGGUUGGCGACGGAAACUGUGGGAGUCUUACGAUGCAGGUCAAGCGUGGCUUGUUGUAACGCUCGUUGGUGCGGCAAUCGGGUUGAAUGCUGCUCUUCUCAAUAUCGUGACUGAGUGGCUAUCGGAUAUCAAGCUUGGACAUUGCUCGACGGCGUUCUAUUUGAAUGAGCAGUUUUGUUGUUGGGGCGCAGAGAAUGGCUGUCCGGAAUGGCAUCGAUGGGGUGGUAAUGCUUUUUUCAACUACAUAGUAUAUUUCCUUUUUGCAGUCACGUUCGCUUUUAUGUCUGCCUUCCUCGUCAAGUCAUUUGCGCCGUACGCAGCGGGCUCCGGAAUCUCAGAAAUCAAAUGUAUCAUAGCUGGCUUUGUGAUGAAGGGUUUCCUGAGCGCAACCACUCUCUCCAUCAAAUCGAUUGGCCUGCCGCUUUCGAUCGCCUCUGGACUAUCGGUUGGAAAAGAGGGACCCAGUGUGCACUAUGCUGUGUGUACGGGAAAUGUAAUCUCGCGGUUUUUCAACAAGUACAGAAGAAAUGCAGCCAAAACGAGAGAAAUCUUGACCGCUUCGGCGGGUACAGGCGUUGCGGUUGCGUUUGGUAGUCCAAUUGGUGGUGUAUUGUUUUCGCUCGAGGAAAUGUCGACUUAUUUUCCACUCAAGACUCUUUGGAGAAGUUACUUUUGUGCUUUGAUAGCUACGGGCGUGUUAGCGGCCAUGAACCCAUUCAGAACCGGCCAGCUAGUCAUGUUCCAGGUCAAAUAUGACCGUACAUGGCACUUCUUUGAGUUAAUAUUCUUCGUCAUUCUCGGUGUCUUUGGCGGCUUGUAUGGCGCUCUGGUCAUAAAAUGGAAUUUGCGAGUAGCGGCUUUUCGAAAGAAAUAUUUGGGAUCAUAUCCAGUGACAGAAGCUGUGGUUCUCGCUGGCCUGACAGCACUACUCUGCUAUCCAAACAUAUUUCUCAGAAUCAACAUGACGCAAGCCAUGGAGGUGCUAUUCAAGGAAUGCGAAGGUGACAACAACUACGAGGGUAUUUGCGACAAACAAAAUCGCUGGUCGAUGGUGUUUUCGCUUCUGGUCGCUACCAUUCUUCGAGUCGGUCUAGUCAUCAUUUCCUACGGUUGCAAAGUUCCUGCCGGUAUUUUUGUCCCGUCAAUGGCAGUAGGCGCAUCUUUUGGAAGAAUGGUUGGUAUUCUUGUUCAAGCUUUGCAUGAAUCCUUUCCGGAUUCUAGCUUCUUUGCUGCCUGCGAGCCGGAUGUUCCUUGCAUUACGCCUGGAACAUAUGCUUUCCUAGGUGCCGCUGCAGCACUCAGUGGCAUCAUGCAUCUCACUGUGUCUGUUGUUGUGAUCAUGUUCGAACUUACGGGAGCUUUGGUCUAUAUCCUUCCAACUAUGAUUGUUGUUGGAGUCACCAAGGCUGUCAGUGAACGAUUUGGAAAUGGCGGUAUUGCAGAUCGCAUGAUCUGGUUCAAUGGGUUCCCAUUCCUCGACAACAAAGAAGAACAUGUCUUCAACGUCCCCGUCUCACGUGCCAUGACUAGCAGUCCGCUUUCUCUGCCAGCAUAUGAUCUGCCUGUCCGUGAAGCAGAGCAUCUCUUGAAUGAUAACAAAUUCCAAGGCUUCCCGAUCGUCGAGGACCGGACAAGCAAAAUCGUGGUCGGGUACAUUGGCCGUACAGAAUUGCGCUACGCCAUCAACAAGGCCAGACGGGUGCAGCCGCUAUCGCCAAAUGCGAAAUGCAUAUUCACUCACGAGACCACUUCAGCUACAAGCAGGAUACACAGUCCGGCCCCCAGAACACCAGGGCCUUACCUCGAUGCGCCCCAGACAUUUGACGAACUGGAAAACACGACCGGAUCAAAGACCGUAGACUUUACGCCAUACGUGGACCAUACUCCAAUCUCGGUACACCCUCGACUUCCCCUCGAGACUGUGAUGGAAUUAUUCAAGAAAAUGGGCCCGCGUGUCAUUCUUGUUGAGCAACGCGGUAAAUUGAUGGGUCUAGUCACAGUCAAAGAUUGCCUUAAGUAUCAAUUCAAGGUUGAAGCGCAGGAAAAUGCCACCACAGCAAACGGGCCAACCGGAUUGGGAAGUCAGGCCGAAAACGAAGGGCCAGUCGCUACACUGGAAGAAAAAGUGUGGUCGUUUCUGCAGAAAGUAGGCCAGACACUACGACUCAUCAAGACGAGAAGCAUUCGACUCGACGGGUCUGCGAGGUUGAGACAUGGACGGAAUGAGCGUCCAGCUGAGACUACUGAUGAACAUCAAUAUGGUAUUCUUGAAGGUACUGAGGAGGAUGAUCCAUUGGAAUUGGAAGAUCGGGUGAGGUGA